AUGUACAAUAUUCUAGUGAAUCGGACUCGAACUCGUCACUACGAACGUCUAGGGCACAGAGCAAGCCCGUUCCAGUUCGCAACGUCAGAUGAACAUCCAAGGCAGUUUCUUGGUAUGCCAGAAGAAGCCCAGCAGAUGGUAUUGGUUUGUACCAGCACAUUGGCAUGGGGUGUAAACCUUCCAGGUCAUCAUCUGGUCAUCAUUAAGGGAACAGAAUAUUAUGAUGGGAAAACAAAGAGAUAUGUUGAUUUUCCAAUAUCAAUCACAGAUAUAUUGCAAAUGAUGGAGCAGCACAAUGAUCCUCUUGUACUUAAAUAUGGUGAAGACACAACUUACUAUGGCUUGGACAAUACUGAACCUGAAGCUCUCAGCUCUUACUUGUCUAGGUUAGUGCAAUACACAUUUGAGGAUCUGGAAGACAGUGGAUGCAUCAAGAUGAAUGAAGACAAUGUAGAGCCAACGAUGCUGGGUUCAAUAGCAUCCCAGUAUUAUCUUAGCUACAUGACUAUAUCAAUGUUUGGUUCAAGCAUAGGAUCAUAUGCAUCGCUUGAAGUAAGAAAUGGUUCUUGA